CCCCAGCGGUGGCAGCCACUGACUGCAUUUCACCGUUUGCAGGUACACUGCCGAAAAUGCUGAUGGGAAGGUAGGUUUAAGGAAUUGGGGAGGUGGGGGGCUCACUAUGGAAUACCCUUUCCCUUGUAUCAUCACACCCACCAGUACUAAUUGCAGAGCACUCACCCUGCCCUCCGCUCACCUAGAAGGGAAUUGAGUUUGCAAGUAGACUGUUGUUUGUUUGUUUUGUAGGUAACUGUACUACGUCAGAUGUUUAAAAAUCUUGAAGGAUGUGCUAGCAAGAUAGAUAGCCCUUAAGAGGCUAUCGGAGGGUUUAUUAGACCUGGAACAUGUUUCCCCACUUCAGAAAGAGCACUUUGACCCCAGGGCUCAGUGUGGUCCGUGAGCACAGGCCCUGAGAACAAGGAAGUUCAAGUUCAUGCUCCCACCAGGGGCUUGUUGUGGGGAUGGUGGAGGGCCGUGAUGCAGCCUCUCUGAAGCUGGUGAACCGUCUGGUCGCUGCCCAAAGCAGAGACACCAUGGGAGACAGCCGGCAUGUUUGAUGGGACACACGUCCCCAAGAAAGACCUGGACAGUGUCCAUCAUCUUUUCUGUGCAACAUGGUAACAGCCCACAAAACACGCCACAAAAUGCCGUUGGUUUAAUCGGAUGCUUUCAGCAGGCCUUUCUCUCCAAGGUCAGUGACCUCUUAGAAAUAGAAAGGACCGCACCACCUCCCCUUCCCCAGCCUAAGGUAGCUGGGGGGCAGGGCACGACCAUCCCGGGGCGGGGGUCAGCUCCAGGCACCACCACAUGGACGUAUGUGGCUACUCUCUUUCUUCCCCUUCCUGAGAGGGGGGUGAGCCUGACCACCACCACCCCCCGACCGACAACCCAUGCUUCACCCACAGCAGUGACAACCUUCACCGUCACCCAGACAAGCAGCAGUUGUAGAGGAGACUCCGGGCCCACGUGGAGGAGCGAGGAGGUGGGUCUGGGGAGCUGCUAUCCAUUUGAGGCUGGGAGCACCACAGAGGCAUUCCACCGAGCAGACAUCGUAUCCUCCCCACACGAACCGUUUUACUGCAGAAGAUGGAAAAGGUCAGUCCUCCCGCCGGAGAGGGGGGCCUGCUCCGUGCUCACUGUCCUACGGUGUUUGGCGGGGGCAGUGGAGGGAGGGCAGGAGUGCAGUCCGACCUGCUGGGGAGACCUGGUUCCCGUGGGCACAAAGAAAUUGUUCAGUUAAACAUCAGUACCGUCUGCCUGCAUGGAAACCUCUCGUGGUCCUGACAGUCCUCAUGCAGAUGCAGGGCAGCCGGCCCCGGCCACCCUCACUCGAACAUCUCGUAGUGGCGCGUCUGCCUCACCCUGGGCACCAUGUCGAUGAGAAGCCUGCGAAGAGAAGGGCCGGUCACCCCAACACAGACCCUCCGCGGCCCUGGGCUUGAGCACUUGGGAAACAGAUGGGGGCUUUCUGUUUUUUAUAAAUAUAAUUCACAUACUAUAGAAUUCCUACAAUUCAGCGAUUUUUACUAUCUGCGAACAUCACACCCACCUAAUUCCAGGACAUUUUCAUCGCCCCUCAAAAGAAACCCCGUGCCCUCUAGCGGUCACUCCCCACCCCAUCUCCCCCUGACAGACAACCACUAACCUACACUCAAUCUCCAUGGAUUUGCCUAUUGGGGAUAGUUCCUAUAAGUGGAAUCAUUCAAGACGCAGCCUCUGGUAACUGGUUUCUUUCAUUGGGCGUGUUUUCGAGGUUCAUCCACCCAUCAGUAGCAUGAGUCGGUAUUUCAUUCUUUUUAUGGCUGAACAAAUACUCCACUGCAUAGCUCUACCACAUUUUAUUUAUCCAUUCAUCAGUUAAUGGACAUUUGGGUUCUUUAAAACGUUGGGCAUACAAGUUGUCUCUACUUUUUGCCCACUGCGAAUAAUGCCACUGUGAAUGUUCACGCAUAGGUGUUUGCGAGGAUGUGUGUUUUCGUUUCGCUGGAGUAUAUACCAAAGAGUGGGAUUGCUGGGCCAAAUGGCGGCUCCGUGUUUAACAACAUUUUGAGGAACUGCUAAACUAUCCCCAAAGCGGCUGAACAAUUUACAUUCCCACAGGCAAGAUAUGGAGGUUCUGAUUUCUCCACUUUCUCACCAACUCUG